AUGAUCAACACGAAUAAAGAAAAGGAUUCCAAAGAUGAAUAAUUCAAAGACAUAACGCAUAUUAUAUAAUAGUUAAAGCAAGCAAACGACUUAAAUUUUUCUCAUUUUGCUCUUGACAGUAUUGGUAAGCUUAUGACAAUUUGGACUAUACGAAAUGAAAGAAUAGAGGGAUAUUUCUAUACAAUAGAUCCAGGUACAGGCAAUUGUAUAUUUUAGUGCAUUAAGUCAACAGAAUAAGGGAAUCGAAUUGUUAAGAGGCGCUUUCACUUUAAGGACAUAUUGAUGGUAUCUCAGUAAAGUGAGAAUAAUCAAAUUGCCACUUUUUUAGAGCGGUAGGAGAAGAACCACCAUGUUUGUAGAAAUAGAAGUUAUGUUAAAGAUAUCAUGAUAGAUGAAGAGAUAGUCAAAAAUAACCGUUUAAAAAGGCAACAACAACAAGAGUUAAAAACUUAGAUAGAUAAUACAUAAAAAGAUUAAUUUGGCAAUACUAAUAUUAGCAACAGCAAAUAAAUGCUUGAAAAAUACUCUUUUGAAGGCUAUGAGCAUAUUUUCUAAUAAAAUUAAGCAGGUUUAGAUGAUAUUCUAACAGAAGAGUAGUUUAAUCAGUUUAGUUGUAGGUUAGAAGAAGAAGGAGCAGAGCAAGAACUAUUAAUAGAUCGAAUGUUUAAUCACUAGGAAAUAUCUCAAUAUUUAGAAGAGUUCAAUCCAGAUUAUUACACAACUACAUUAGACAUAUUCAAUAUAUCAAAAGAAAACUAUACUUUUGCUGAGGCUCUCGAAAGAGAAGUCUAGCGCUCAAAAUCUGAAAAUAUCCAUAUUUAAGAUGACAGAAAUGAUGUUUCAAUUCAUAGAGUAUUUGACGAUAACACUUUAUACUCAUCUGUUUCCAGAAUAUAAAAAAUUGACAAAGUUGAUAAAUAUAAAGAGCCUUAUGAUGAUUUCAGUACAAAAGCUAAUUCAACAUAGGAUUCAAUGAGACCUGACUCUGCUAAGAGUGAGUAAAGUGUACAAAAGGGUGGUGGAAGCAAUCUUAAAAGUAAAGGAAAGAAGCUUAGAUUAACAAAUAACACUUUUGAGCCUCCAGUUACUCAUUAAACAUAAAACGAAAGAUUUUAAAUAAAUAAAAUGGUAAACAUCUAAGAGAACUUCAAUUUACAGGAGAUAUUUUUAGAUAAAAUUAAGUCGACUAAAGAAAAUCAGAUAGAAUACAUAGAGGAGAAAUAGAUGAAUUAUGAUUGUUCAUGGCGUUCAUUUUUAAGUGAUUAAAAGAAAGACCAUAUUUUAUUGUUUAAUAGCUUAAUGAUUAAGAGCUGUCAUACUAGCAGUGGAAGUAGUAUAGGUAGUAGAAUUAGUAAUGGCUUUAGAUAAAAUACAAAAAUCAAUCAUAAUAAAUUUAAUUAGUUUUUUAAUUAGGCAGCUUUAGCAAUGCAAAUUAAUAUGCAGUAAAAUAUGAAUAGCAGUUUUACUAUAAAUAAUGUAGCAGGUACGAAUAAUAUGAAUCUGUCAUCUAGUAAUUUGAAUAGCAGUUUUACCAAUUUAAGCAAUCCCAACCAAAACAAUUCCUCUAGUAUGUUAAAUAGUAUCUUAAACAAUAGCAAUAUGAACAUAGAGAACUACAGUUAGAAUAAUUAAGGGUAAUAAUUCUAUAAUCCAAAAAUGCAGAAACAAAAUUCAACUAGCAAUCCCUUUAAAUCAAACUCCUCUAAACAUAAUACCUAAUAAUGA